AGCACUUCCCUCCUCUUUCUUUCUCGUAUUUCAUCGCUUCGAAAUUUGGGGCAAAGAGUCAGAGACACGAAUGCGAGAGGAGGUUAUCAGCUCCGGAGGGACCAUUCACCCAGCUUCUGCUGCCAGUUCUGCUGGGGCAUCCUCACCUGCUGUUCCUACCAAUGUUGGCAGUAUAGAUGGGUCCAAUCAUGGACAUGGCUCCAAAGCAGCUUCUUUGUCCUGUGUUGGUUCACAACCACCACGGACUUCCUUGAGCACAAGUGCUGGUGGUUCAGCUUUUGGAUCAUCUAGACCUUCAUGUAGACCAUGGGAAAGAGGGGAUUUACUAAGGCGUUUGGCUACUUUCAAGCCCUCGAAUUGGUUGCGGAAGCCUAAGGUUAUCAGUUCAUUGUCUUGUGCUCAGAGAGGUUGGAUAAACGUCGAUGUUGAUAAAAUAGAAUGUGAAUCAUGUGGUGCAUAUUUGAGUUUUGCAUUGAUACCAUCUUGGACCCCAUCUGAAGUUCAAAAUGCUGCUGAAGCCUUUGCCAAACAGCUGGAUGCUGUGCACAAUGUCAGUUGUCCUUGGAGGGGAAAUAGCUGCCCAGAUAGCUUGGUGCAGUUUCCUCCAACUCCUCAGUCUGCCCUAAUUGGGGGAUAUAAGGAUAGAUGUGAUGGACUUGUGCAGUUUCAAUAUCUUCCCAUUGUGGCUGCAUCAGCAAUUGAGAAAAUGCAGGUUUCUCACGGCCCACAGGUUGAAUGCUUUUUGUUUGGGGAAGUAGAUAUUAAACCGGAAAGUAUCCCAGAACAUGAAAGCUCUCAAGAUGGGGCAUUUUGUUUAUAUUCUCGUGCCCAGAAACUUAUAAGCCUCUGUGGGUGGGAACCAAUUUGGGUUUUAAAUGUUCAAGACUGCGAAGAGCAUUCUGCUCAAUCAGCUAGGAAUGGAUGUUCUGUUGGCCCUAACCAGGCCAAGGGCCAUCUAUCACAAGAUCCUGGAACGGUCAAGAAACCACUGACUGCUGUAGAUAAAAAAGACACUGGGAAGAGUAAAGUGUUGGUUACGGAUUCUAGAUGCGAGUCCAGGUUACCUUUGCUAGAUUGUUGCUUAUGUGGUGCUACAGUUAGGAUAUCAGAUUUCGUUACAGUUCCUCGACCUGCACGUUUCACUCCCAACAACGUUGAAAUUCCUGAUGCAAGCAAAAAAAUGGGAUUAACACGUGGAGUUAGUGCAGCCAGUGGAAUUAAUGGUUGGGUUGCUGCUGAUGAUACAGAAAGAGAACAUACUGGAGACCGUGAUGAAGUUGCAACGACAAAUGAUGGAAAAUUGCUGCCAAAUACAGAUGUUGAUCUUAAUCUCACAAUGGCAGGUGGUUUACCUUUUACUCAGUUUGACAGGACAACAAUGUUGGAAAAUAUUCAUGAUGCAGAUAUGGGUAGGGACCUAAUAAUUGGGCAGCCCUCAGGCAGUGAGGUUGGUGACCAUGCAGCUUCAUAUGAAUCAAGGGGUCCCAGCUCUCGCAAACGAAGCUUGGAGAAAGGGGGAAGCUCCUGUUAUAGGCCACACUUAAGGCUGCAGCAGGCUGAUAGUGUUGAGGGCACAGUCAUUGAUCGUGAUGGUGAUGAAGUCACAGAUGGGGGACAAUAUUCAGCUGGGCCUUCAAAGCGUGCUCGUGAAUCUGACAUAUUUGAUACAUACUGUUCAUCAUAUAAUAGAGAUACAUCUGGUGCUGGUCCUAGCCAUUCAAUGGGUUUCGAAAUAUACACUGAUGGCAACAGAGUUGCUUUGUUUCAGGAAGGAGGUGACCAAGUUAUAAGGAUCCAAUCGGCUAGGGAUUCGACGCGUGCAUCAUCAGUCAUUGCUAUGGAUACUGGUUUCCACAGUGUGAAUGAUGACUCCAUGGAAAGUGUUGAAAAUCAUCCUGCAGAUGUUGACGAUAUUCAUUUCCCCUCUUCUAGUAUAUAUGGCAAUUUGGACAUGAAUGAUACAUCCGAAUUGGACUAUAGUAACCAAGCUCAGCAGAGCAUUGGCUUCCGGCCAGCUGUUGCUGUCCCUGGAGAAAUGGGUGUCAGUAGUACAAAUGAUGGGGAAGAACUUUUCAAUGCAGAGACCGUGACUGUUCAAGCGAGGGAUGGGUUUAGUUUUGGAAUUAGUGGAGGAAGUGUUGGGAUGUGUGCUAGUCACGAGGCUGAAAUUCAUGGGGCUGACGCAUCUGUUCAUAGAGCUGAUAGUGUAGUUGGUGAUGUGGAACCUAGAGCAGAAGAUGCUGAAAAUCAGGGCCAAACGGGUGAAUCUGCUACAGAUCCUGGACUUAUGGAUGAGAUUGUCCCAGAUGAAAUUAACAGGGAAGAUCCCCAUGGUGAUAGCCAGGAAAUAUUACCUCGAUCCAUUGGAAGGGAAGAUAGCAGCUCAAAAGUUGAUGGUUCUGCAAAAACCGAAUCGGUUGAAAGUGGUGAAAAGAUAAGUCGAAGUGACAAGUUGGUACCAGAGAACAAUGCCCACCCUUCUCUUUCUUGCAAUGCUAAUAAAACAACAAAGAAAGAGGUUACAAAUGCUGGGCCUCCAAAAGGGAUAAGCAACUAUGAGGAAGCUAUGGAAUUCGAUCCAAUUGCCCAUCACAACCAGUUCUGCCCCUGGGUGAAUGGAAAUGUUGCAACUGCUGGUUGUAAUAGUUGUGGUUCCAGCACUGGUGCUGAUGCUAUUGCGCUUUGUGGGUGGCAGUUGACACUAGAUGCACUGGACGCUUUGCGAUCAUUUGGCAAUAUUGCAAUUCAAAUGGUACAGUCUGAGUCAGCAGCCUCUUUGUAUAAGGAUGAUCACCACAAUCGUGAUCGAAAGCUCCUUCGACACCACUCAAUAAGCAGAAGCCAUGGGCGACAUUGAGAUUCAAUCCGAAGAGUGAUGACCAUUUCAAAAAGCAGCAUACCAGUUUGACUUUACGAAGUGAGCUCCCAUGGGUUCCUUUAGUCGGAUAUUUCUCAAGUAAUCUUCAUCCCAUUAGUUUGGUGUUGCUGUUUUUCAAGAAAAAACUGAUGAUUCUUACAUGUUUCUAAUUAUGAGUGAACCAAUGGUUCUGAACCUGCAAUCCUAUUCCCCUUGUGCUACUGUACUCGUUUUACUAAUUUUGAUCAAAUUUUAGUCUUGUGGAACAUGAACCCGAUGCCAGAUGAAGGUAUAAUUUAUAAAUAAUUAAUUGAUUUUCCCGUUCCCCCUUCUCUUCC